AUGCAGCCGGGUUACCCAAGACCACGUGACAUCGCCUUAUCGUCAAAAAAACCGCGCGUCACCGUUCGCUGCUAUGACUUGGAAAUGCGCCCAACCGCUGACGGUCUUGGACUGUCGUUGCUAUUCCAAGCGCAUGUGACGAAUGUGUUGACGAAAGAUAGCGCCAACGCCCAAUAUCAUCACCGCUCAUCUUAUCACGCCUCCUUGACGAGUCGUAUCGUGCUCUUCAGCAUGUGGUUAUUGUCAUCAUCGUCGGACCCAACCCGAAACAUCCGCUCAGAUCUUCUCGCGUGUGUCGAAAUGGUUGGGAUACGCAGGGGCUCCCGGCGCCGCCUCGCACAAACAAGCUUUACCGGCCCUUCUAGGGUUUUCAGCCUCUUGUUUGCCACCCUCCGACACCACCAUUAA